GGGGAGGGGUUGGUAGUGGCGAUGACGAUGGUGGAGUUGAAGGUUGGCGGCGACGGUGGCGGGUUACAGGGUCGCGGGGGUGCACGGAGGCGACGGGGUGGCGCGCGCGGACCGGCGGAUCAAUUCGCGCUCCGGGAGCUACACAGGGGGAAAAGCAACAGUCUGUCAGCCCCUUUCUACCCGGAAAAGUGCUCGGCCACUGACGAAUGUCCGAACAGCGGCGAGGACAGCGAGGAGGAUGUAAUAACCGAUUACCUUGGCUCAUCGCACUCCGACUGCGAUCGCGUGCUGCCUAUCAUUAAUGGGGAUCUACGCGGCCUGAGUUUACACGGCGGCAUAAUCACGGAGACCGGCUACAACACCAAAGACAAUACCGACAAAGCGCCGAUCACCAUGUCCGAGGGCGGCGACGAACAGCAGCAUCACCAGCAGCAGCAACAGCAGCAGCAACAACACUCGUUGCUCGCACUCGGCACUAAUAUACAAGCCCAGCCUAAUCCUUUGGUGCCCAUUAUUAGCGUUACGCCGCAUUCGCCCGGUGUGGCUAAGAAUUAUCCGGUCCUAGAGGAGAACUUGCAGCAGCUGCACGAAAUACACGACUGCAUUCAGCGAAUGCGAGAUUCGACGUUGGGCACUCUGGGAUAUCACAUUCGUUCGUCCAACGAUGCUCCGCAAAGAUUGACCUCCUCCUGCCCGUGCCUGUGUCCGCUGACUUCGACCGAGCUCGCGUCUCGUUCCGGCAACCAUCAUCAUCAUCAUCAUCAUCAUCAUCAUCACGACACCGGCUCCGAUCCAGAUCUUCUUCUCGGUAAUUGCUCCACCAAUAGCUCUCCGACGCAUUUCCCAUCGGCGACCGGUCAUCACGUCCGAUCGCAACAAGCGCAGAGUAUAGAUCGGAGACGCAGCUGGACUGGCGAUCUGGAGGAUCUGGAGGAGAGCCGGCGCGGUCGCCGCCGAUACUCCGGACAGAAUCAUCUGCAAGCCCAAAAUAUGGUUAAUAUCGCUCGUUACUUGUUAAAACCAGGGCACGGAUCCGAUUCGAUCUCGCGACAACGCAGCAUUAGUUUAAGUAGCCUAGACAGCGAAAACGAGAUAGAAUUAGAUGGAAAAUCGUGUACCGGACCUGUAGGCGUAAGCAAUCGGGCAUGCAGGUCGCAAACGAGCACGCACUCACUGAACGAAGCCGAUCUUAUACAGAAUGAAUAUCAGAAGAUAGUCACAAAGAGGGGUAGUCAGAGAUUAGCAGAAAAUAGCAGUUUAAUGCCAGGGCUUACUGGUUCGCGUUUACCUCUUCAGAAAUCCAUAUCGACGCCCUCGAUCGUUACACCACAGGUUCACGCGCAUUUAACCGAAACCGGAACUCGAACGACGCCUUCACUCGCAGCCCGUCAUGAAAGAAACGAAAAGGGUAGUGGGAGUGAGACAGAAACCGAAGAUCUUCAUACAUCACACAGCCACGAAUUCCACGAAGAUCGGGAGGGCACUCCGAGUGUUCAGAUUGACGAUGGUACUGCGUAUGAUGAUCAUCAUUCCGAGAAGACUAGAAGAAAGCGCGGUUCUAUUUUCUUUCGUAAAAAGAAGGAUAAAAGCGGAAAGAAGGCUAGUCAACAGCAACAUCUAUGGGUAACGAUAGCGGUGGGGACUCAGGGAAGCUUAUUAUGUGAUGUAUGUAUGAAACAUUCGACGAAUAAGCCGCUCCUUCAUUGCGACAAUUGCGGAGCGUCAGUUCAUCAAAGUCAGGGGUGUAAGGAUCAAUUAGUAUUGGAAUGCAUCAAAUCUAAGCAUCAUUCCGGCAAAUCUGCAACAAAAUCUUCAUCGAUUUCAUCGAUAUCGAGUAACAGUAGCGUCAACAAACGGGGUUCCACAACGUCGUUGCCUCUACCGGCGUCAUCCGGAAGCGGAAGGGAAAUUAACAGCCACAAGAAAACCGUGUCAAGCUACAGCCCUUGGCGGCGAGUCGCCACUAAGCUUGGAGUCAAUCAAACGAUAAACGAAGAAAAAGAUGCCGAGAGCGGGCAACAUCGUGACCUUCCCAGCGGAUGGGAAGAAUUUGACUUUGGAGACGAUGCUCAUCAGUUCACGAUGGCAGAUCUCGAGGAGAUAGAUCCCGAACUAACAUUGGGAAAGGAGGAACCGGAUUCCUGGAGCUCCGCGAUCGGACGUAAUAUCGCAUUGCGUCUGGUCGAUCAAUGCGAUCGCGAGGUGAAGAGGCAGGAACAUAUAUACGAAUUCGUACUAACGGAGAAGCACCACUGUCUGGUGCUGCUUGCCAUGGAGAAGAUUUUCGCGGAAGGAUUACGACGACAUUUUCGUCUGGGUCAGCCGGAUUUGGAGCGCAUGUUUCCCCGACUACGAGAUCUGAUCGACAUUCAUUUGCGAUUUCUACAAAAACUGCGAAAACGUCAGAACGCCAGUCCUGUGGUUUUGACAAUCGCCGACAUCCUAGUCGAGCAGUUCUCGGGCGAUAACGCGCAACGCAUGAAGAGCGCGUAUGGGGACUUUUGUAGCCGUCACAGGGAUGCCGUAGAAGCGUACAAAUAUUACUUGCGUAACGAUCCUCGUUUCGCCCGUUUUGUUCGACACUGUCAGACGAAUCCCCUGUUGAAAAAGAAAGGUAUACCCGAAUGUAUACUCUUUGUUACUCAACGUUUGACGAAGUAUCCGUUACUGAUCGAACCGCUCAUCAAAACGGGUGUUGCACAAGAUGAAGGUGAAGAUUUACGUAGAGCACUGGUUCUUGUUAAAGAGAUUUUAGCUGAUGUAGAUGCCUGUGUAGCCGAUAAAGAGCGAGAAGAUAGAAAAUUAGAAAUAUACAAUAAGAUCGACGCGAAAUCAUUCGCGACGUAUCGUGGUGCCAAAUUUAAAAAGUCGGAUAUAAUCAACAGAAUCCUGAAGUUCGAGGGCACUGCAUAUUUAAUGCAAGGUCGUGGCAAAAUGACUGCCAUCGUAGUGGUCGUUCUCUCAGACAUAUUAUUUUUUUUAGCUGAGAGGGAUCAGAAAUACGCGUUCUUUGUGCCUGACAAUAAAGCCGGUAUAGUUUCACUGCAGAAGCUACUGGUUCGCGAGAAGGCUCGUCAGGAAUGUAGCAUUUAUUUGAUAAGCAGUAAUCCGGCCGAGCCGGAGAUGUUCGAGCUAAAGAUUCAAAAGCCAAAGGACAAACAGCUAUGGAUUCAGGCUAUUCGAUCGGCGGUUGAGGCUUGUCCUCAAGAACCCGAAAACGAGGCCGACACAUUGACUGAAAGUAGUAACGAGUUACGAGAUACACGUUCCUCCUCGAUUUCUCUAGUCUCCAUCGAAGAAAAGCAGCGUAUUGCCAAGGUCAAGGAAUCACACAUUCUUAGAAUCGUCGGCGAAUUGCGAAAGAAAGAUGCGGAACAGGCUCUGCUGUUUGAGGAAAAGAUCAAUUUGCAAAUGCGGCUUUUACAAGCAGCAAAUAUCUACAGUGGGAAUGAGAGCGAUAACGAAAGAAUUGAAAAGCACGAAAAGGAAGGUGCUGAUUACACUCGGUUGGUGCAUAAUGAAGGAAUUGAUACCACUCAAUUGUGGCAAGAGGUGGUCGUAGCCGUGCAAGAAGCGACACGUCUCGCCAGCUCGCUAUCGUUCAGCGCGGGUGGCGCUACUCUAUCGCGAAGCUUAAGCUCCGCCGGUGAACGUCACAGCGAAGCAUACAUUCCGCCAGCUCUUUGCGUGCCUCGAAGAGCCGAAACAUUUGCUGGUUUCGAUCACAAUAAGGAGAGAUAUCCGGUGCGUGAUUCGAACACGUUACAUACCGUGAUUCCCGUUCCAAAAAUCGGCGAAUUACCUAAAGAAAAUCUCGACGAGAAGGAUAGCCAAGAAUUGGAGACAAACAAGGAUCAGCAAUGGGCAGCGAUACGUUUGUCUCAUCAUGUUUAUACAUUGCUCUGUAUAAUCAGUAAUCAGAUGACAACAAUCGAUAGCCUGCAGGCGCAAUUGGCCGCGUGUAAAGAAGGCAGUAUGGGCAAAUCGUCUAAUAGUCGACCCAAUCCGAAUCGUCAGCUGGAGGAACUGCGGAAUCUACAGGAUCAACUUUGCCGAGAGAAAGCGGCAUUUCGCGCUGCGUCUCAGCAGGAGAAGACUCAACUGGAGGAGGAACGAGCCGAGUUAGCACGGCAAAGGGAACAAUUGGCCGCGGAGCAGCGAGAUGUGACGCAACAACGCGAUCAGCUGUAUCGACGACUCGAGGCAUUGGAGCGACAGGGUGUAACGCUGGCUUCCACGCCUAGUUCGACGAUGAUUCACCUAUCUCAUAUGCCGCAAAACACCGACACAAUGCAACAGAGCGCGCGCAAUAAGGCGCAACCCGAGGCUAAACGUAUACCUCUGAAUCUAAUCAGCGCCACGAAUCAGCAGAAAGUGCAGAGUAAUUUACCUGUCAAGCAGCAAUUGCCGCUGAAGCUCGCCAGCGGAAGUAACAAUAACACAAGAAGCGGUAGCACCGCGAGUAAUAACAGUCCCGAUCGUCACUCCAGGACGGGCAGCAGCCCGGCGAUUGUCACCGGCUCUGCGUACUCGUCACCAGAACUCGGGAAUAGCCACCAUCACGGAAUGGGCGGCGGCAGUCACACUCACUCAUCGAAUCGAUCCCUUCGCAUCACUCGCUCGCCGCCCGAUACCCCGUACGCGCAUCAGCAGGCACAACAGCAGCAGCAACAACAACAACAACAACCGUUGGAGGAGGAGGUCUUUUUCUGACGAUUCUUUCGAUUUGGUCGCAAGCAUUCGUCGCGUUCGUCGCGUGCCUCCGCCGCCACUACCGGCACGGCCACGCCGACCUUGACGCCGACUCCAUCACCACGCAACCAAUCGAGGAGCAACCAGCAAUCCCGCAGCCGCGUCAAGUCCUUUUGAUUUUCGACAUAGGUUUCUCACGAUGUCGCAAUCGAUAGGCUGCUUCAUGGAUAUAUACUCUUUGGUAACGAUUCAUCUAUCAUUUCGCAUCUUUUUCUAUCGCUCACCCCCUUCCCUUACUACGGGUCUGAUCGUCUUACGAUAGGAUGCACCUAUAAUUAUUUAUUUCACGAGAUCAUAGCGUGAUACGAUGAUCCAUUUUGUCCACACGAUGAGACUAUCGUUAAUAAAUGCAAGUAGUUAGUCUCAGUAUAUAAUUGAAAGAGGGAAGAGAUAUAUAUAUAUUAGAAGGAAGAGAUAUAUAAUACUUUUUAUUACGUUCCAACUGCUACAACUGAUGGCAAUAAUCAUUUUUAUGCCAAACCUCGUGAAACUUACCUUGAAUGGAAAAGGGAACUGCUAAGAGUAAAACGCAAUUUAUUAGAAGUGAGAUGCUCACGGAAUAAU